AUGGAGUUCACGUGCCUGUUUGGUGACCUCCUAAGACAUGAGGAGCAAGCUUCGCUUCCGUCCGUUCAUCCUGUGCCUGACGGUAUUGUUUUUUCUUCCCGUAUGGACAAUUCCCUGCGCAGGGGUGCAGUUUUGGACACCCACGAGCAGGCAAAGAAGGCAUCAAAUUUGGUCAUUAAACUUGAGGCCCGAUGCGGUGGCACCCGUGCAGGGAAACAGUUUAACAGUGCUGUAACCGAGCAGCUCAUUGCAGAGGCAAAGAAGGAGAUUUCACAAAUUAAUCUAUCGCGACUCAAAGAUGCUCCCCAGCACUACUACUCAGGGGUAUUGAGUCUACUUAAUCAGCGUCUUCAGACAGCAGUAGCCAAAUACAUGAUGCGAACUGCUGAGCGGUCCACAUCAGCACUGCCCCCAGCGGCUCGUAUGACCCUGACUAACGUUAGCGGUUCUCCCUCCUCGAUCAAUGUGUCACGAGCACACCCUGAGGGGCUAAUGAUGGAACAAACUCUUUAUCCCAGCCUCACCUUAAUCGACCAUUCACAGCAGGCAAGCGCUCAAAGCGUCACUCAAACACUUCAUGAGGUUCAACAAAUUUACAAGCACAUUGCUGCAACAGUUCAACACGAUGGGGAGCGCAUCUUUGGUCUUCAUGAAACGAUUGAUAAUUCGGCGGGGUUUAUGGAUAGGGCGAAUGGGUACGUGCAGAAGACAUAUGCCUUGUCCCGACGUUACCACAAUUGCAUAGUGUUGGUUUUGCUAAUCAUCCUUGCGUGGAUUAUCAUCCGCGGGGCAAUAAGGCGGAUCUAG